UUGACGGUAGUAUAUAAAGUUAGGAAAUACAUAGACAGAGUCUUUGAUUCAUUCCAUCUGCGACUGCUAGUUAGGGUUUUUGAGAUCGCUGCCUGCCGCCGAGUAAGAAAUCAUGGGUCACUCCAAUGUCUGGAACUCUCACCCCAAGACCUAUGGUCCUGGUUCUCGUACAUGCCGUGUGUGUGGAAACUCUCAUGGAUUGAUCAGGAAGUACGGACUCAUGUGUUGCAGACAGUGCUUCCACAGCAAUGCCAAGGAAAUUGGCUUCAUUAAGGUUAGCACGAUUCUUUGAGUAUGGGACUACAGAGAGCUAUUUGGCAAAGCGUAUUGAACGACACUAUCUAGGUUGUUUUACUUCUCAAUAUGUUAAACGAUCCUCUGUAAAAUUGGUUUUGGUAUCUAAUUUGAGUAAGGUGUUGGAAUACACCUUGGGUAGUUUAGGUUUUUUUCUUUUCUUUUCUUUCUGACAGUAAGUUGUUUAAGAACAAGUAACUAUUGACUGCCUUAGAAAAGGAUAGGAGUUUGGUUCCUUUUGUUAGAGAGCUAGACAAGUGUUGAGAUC